AUGGUCUUCAACGAUGAUAGAACAAGGCAGUUCUUUGAAAUCCAUGCGUGGGUCUAUGUCUCUGUAAAAUUUGAUAUCAAGACCAUUGGUCAAUCUAUCAUCUCCCAACUGGAUAAAUCAAGCAGCCCUGCUGGUAUCACCUUGCAAGCUACACGCGACCGAUUGAAAACUAUUGUAAAAGGGCAACGGUUUCUUAUCGUUCUCGAUGACGUAUGGGAAGAAGAUCCAGAUGAGCUGGAAAAACUAAGGACAUUGCUGCGGGGUGCUAAAGCAGGCAGCAAGAUCAUUGCAACCACACGCAGUGUAAAAGUUGCUAAGCUAAUGAAUGGGAGUUUGACAAUAGAAUUACGUGCUUUACCGGACAAUUACUGUUGGGAGUUGUUCCGAGCAAAGGCAUUUCCGCAUGGAAAGCUCCAUGGUGAAUCGUUCACUGCACAACAAGCUGGAGAAAGAUACUUUGAGGAUCUUCGCGAGAUGUCUUUUCUUCAGGAUGUAGCUGGAAUGUCCCCAACUCCAUCUGCAAGAUAUAGCAAACCUCGAGGUGUAUUAUUCCAGAUGCAUGAUUUGGUUGAUGAGCUUGCAAGAUUAGUUGCGGGUGACGAAGUUAUUGCCUUUGACACUAGGCAGCAAAAUCCUCCUACAAAUAUAGACAACUGUCGAUACAUGUUGCUCUCAAACUUAUGUGACUCAUCCCCAUCUUAUUGGUCUAUUCCUAGGACAGCAAGAGUUCUUCAUUUUAAGGAGUGCAGCAUUGUUCAGACUACUUUAAAGUCUCUUACGGGAGCUGAAUUCUUACGUGUGCUGGAUUUGAGUGCAUGUACUAUUUCUGAUCUACCUGCUUCUAUCGGCAAUUUGAGACUGUUAAAGUUCUUAAAUAUAUCUGGAAUGCAAACUGGUCUGCUGCCUAAGUCUCUGAGCUCAUUGCAUGGUUUACAAGCAUUGAACCUUUCUGAAAAUACUUGCCUUGUUGAACUUCCCAGUUACAUUUCUGAAUUUGUCAACCUACAAUAUUUGGACCUACAUGGCUGCUCAAAUAUUGAAGAGCUACCGCAGGGCAUUCAUAAACUCAAAGAGCUACUACACCUGAACGUAUCAAGAUGUGGUAACCUACAAUCGCUGCCUGAAGAGUUUGGGGAGCUUCGGAAACUUGCAUGGCUAGUGUUGCCAUACUCGAGAUUGCUUUAG